AUGCCCGUAAAAGAAUGUGGCUCUCACGGAAGCAACUCACCCCGCCUACUCAACUUCAUCCGACGUCGUAUUAUCUUCAUAGUAAUAUUAACCAUCGUAACCAUCAUCAUAAGUGUCCUAACUUAUAUUAUGCUUCAUCCACCAAAGCCACGUUUCAUCCUCCAAGACGCAACCGUCUUCACCUUCAACGUCUCAGGCAACCCACCGAACCUACUCACCUCCAACUUACAAACCACUCUCAUCUCUCGCAACCCUGACGGCAAGACAGGAAUCUACUACGACCGUCUCGACGUAUACGCUUCUUACCAUAACCAACAGAUCACUCUCGCGACAACCAUUAUGCCGACUUAUCAAGGACACAAAGAAGUCAUCGUUUGGUCUCCUUUCAUCGGUGCAAAGUACGCCCCCAUCGCUCCUACCAACGGUUUGUCUCUUGUUGAGGAACAGUCAAGUGGGGGAGUAAAAGUGUUGGUUCAUCUUGUCGGGAAGAUUCGUUGGAAAGUUGGGCCUAUCACCAGGACGACGAGACUCUUUGUUAGGUGUCCGGCGUUAAUCAGUUUCGGGGAUAGCGCAGCAGGAACUGUCCUCGUAGGAGGUAGAGGGGUUAAGUAUACGCUUGUUACUGUCUGCAGUGUUAGUGUCUGA